AUGCCGGCCUUACUGUUCAUGGGACGCCGGUGGGGCGUGGGUGCGGAUGAGUUUGCCCUUCCUUCGCUGUGCAGCAUGGCACUGCGUGUGAUCUGGUCCAUUGCGCUGGUGGUCGUUCUGUUCCAGGUGGGCGGAGACCUCAGGGGUUGCAACGACGGUUGGGUGGUGUACACCUACAUGGUCUGCUCCCUGUCCACCUUCGCCCUCUCCGUCGUCGUCGAGUGGGGCAUCACGCGUGUGUCCACCAGAGGGAGCAUACCGGACACCCGUCUGAGGGAUCACCUGAGCGGCUACCUGAACGUGCACAUGAUGCUGGGCGCUGUGCAGCUCGUGAUGGCGGGGUUGGGCAUCGGCCUGAUGACGUACUUGGACUCCACCUGCGAGGGGGUGCUGGCGGACGGGGCUCUCAACGUGCUCAUCCUCGUCGUGACGAUCAGCCAGAUCGUGGACGUGCUGGUGACGUGCUGCUGCUGCGUGCUCAUGAGCGGAGACCCCGAGGAGGCGUAUGGAGGGGGGAGCGAAGGGCACUACGAGAGGUUCCCACCGACGGAGAUCGAGGGUCAGUGGGAAAGCCGGUGCCACUGGCUGCACCGAGUGCUGGUGGUGCUGACGUGCGGCUUGUUCGGAGGGAGGGGGAUCAGGCAAACGGACUUCGAGCAGCUGUCGAAGAUCAUGGCCAGGAUCUUCCACACCGAGGAAUACUUGGACGUCGUACCUUCGGACAUCGCCGCGGGAAUCGUGCUACUCUACCACAAGCAGCGCCAGCAGCGCCGAGCGCUAGCAUCAUCAUACGCCGGAGCGAGGCAGCGGUCGUCUCCUGCUGCUUCUUCGACCCUCCGGUCCUCCUUGUUACCAUCCGCCGGCCCCCUAGCGGUACCACCGCCGCCGACGAGCAGCGGGUUGGGUUGGGGUGGUGGAGAUGAUACUGAAGAUCCUUCUCUUCGCUCAUGCUGCUCAUCCUCUGGACGAGGGGAGGAGGGGGGCUCCGGCGAACGGGCGUCGUUGACAACCGGGGGUGGGGGUGACGCGGUGGAUCAGAAGCGGGCCGCGUCGCCGUUUCCCGAGCUGCUCCCCGCGGGGCGCUUCGUCCACUACAUCAAGACGCAUACCAACCGUUCCUGCUGCAUAAGGCACUGGUGA